AUGAACGAAAGUUUUACCAUUUUGAAUGACGCUGACAGUGUGAUAUCUAUCACUACUGAUGAUGAAAGUGACACCUCAAUUGGGGGUCCAAUAUUGCAAAAUUCAGAUUCAGCACCAGGCAUUUCAACAAUAAAUUCAACUAGCUCCGAAUAUACACAAGACUCGUGGGCUAUCCAUGAUAACUACACCACCACUGAUACACCCCAAGUUUUUGACUUUCCAAGACUGAGUUACACUAGUGUGCAACAACUGAGAGAAGAAACAAACUACAAUGAAAUUUAUGCUGAUGAAUUCAUCAAAUUCAUGAUAGCCAGUCCUACCACUUACCACACAAUUGUUCAUUUCAAGUCAGUUUUGGAAAACAAUGGUUUCAAAGGGCUAACCCAAACCAAGCCAAUUAAAGAUUUAGCUCCUGGUUUCUACUACACAAGUCGGUCAGACCAAUGUUUGGUUGCAUUUGUCAUAGGAGGAAAGUGGAAACCCGAAAAUGGCUCUUGUUUUGUGGGAAGUCAUUGUGAUGCUCUAAGUGUCAAACUCAAUCCACGGGGACUGAUGAAACCACGAGUGAAAGGGUAUGAUUUGCUUGGUGUUGCUCCGUACUCUGGAAGCUUGAACAAAAAUUGGCUCAACCGAGACUUGGGGUUAGCUGGAGCUGUUUUAGUACGCGAUUCGGAUAGUGGGAAAGUAACACGAAAGCUAAUCAACUCACAUGCCCCGGUUGCAUUUAUUCCAGAGUCGGCGUACCUAGUUGACGACACACAGUAUAACAAACAAACACAAACUGUACCAAUCUUUGGAUACUCAACCGAGGAGCCAGAACCAACAGAGGACGAGAAGCGUUCCAAAUUCUACAACCGCCACUCACUAAGCUUGCUUAGAUAUAUAUCUCAGCUAUCCGGUGUACCUUUAAACUCUAUAGUGGAUAUAGACUUGGAUUUAGUUGAUGUACAACCGAGUUGCAGAGGCGGCCUCGAACGAGAGUUUAUCUACCUGGCCAGUUUAGAUGAUAGAUUAUGUGCGUUUGAUUCAAUUUACGGGUUGAUUGAAUUCAGUCGAAAGUUUUUCACCGAUGCAAAAGUGGAAGACUAUGAUGGCCUCAGUGGGGUAUACUUGGCAAAUAAUGAAGAAAUUGGUAGUUUGACCUCCACAGGUGCUUUUGGUGGGCUCUUGGUUGAUAAUUUGAGAGCACUAGUCAGCGACAAAUGCAAACAGGCUUAUGCUGAAGAAGCAAUAGCACGGUUGAUUAAAAGUACCGUAUUUUUAUCUAGUGAUGUGACGCAUGCGAUGAAUCCUAAUUUCAAAGAAGUUUAUUUGCAAGGAAACUAUCCAUUGCUCAAUGUUGGCCCAUCGAUCAAGUUCGACUCAAACGCCCAUGUGUUGAGCGAUAGCUUAGGAAAGGAGUUUUUAGAUCGAGUGGUUAAAAACCUACCAGGAAUGAAGUUACAGGAGUUUCACAUUAGAAACGACUCAAGAUCUGGAGGGACGAUAGGUCCCAUAAUGUCAGAUGCUAGACGAGGAUUAAACGGUGCCAAACUCAUUAUAGAUGUUGGCAUGCCAAUUCUAAGUAUGCACUCGAUAAGAAGCAUCAUGGGGUACAAAGACGUGGGUAUUGGUGUCAGAUUCUUUAAAGAGGUGUUUUCCAAAUGGAAAGACGUCAUUGAUGGAAUGGAUGCAUAG